GAUCUCAUGAGAACUGAUUCUGGUCCCGACAGGGUUCUUAACCCCAACCAUGCUUCUCCUAGAUGCCCAGACCCAGAUUCAUCACAGUGUCCUGCUGUUGAUCCUGCUGCUGGGACUUAAAGGAGCCGCUGGGAAAGAGUUGAAGGUGAUCCAGCCUGAGAAAUCAGUUUCUGUUCGUGCUGGAGGGUCGGCUACUCUGAACUGCACAGUUACAUCCCUCCUCCCUGUGGGGCCCAUCAGGUGGUACCGAGGUGUAGGACACAGGAGAAACUUGAUAUAUUCUUACACAGGAGAACACUUCCCCAGAAUAACAAAUGUUUCAGAUACUACAAACAGAAGAAACCUGGACUUUUCUAUCUGCAUCAGUUAUGUCACUUUUGCUGAUGCUGGUACCUACUAUUGUGUGAAGUUCCAGAAAGGACCAUCAGAGCCUGACAUUGAGAUUCAGUCUGGAGGCGGCACUGAGUUGUUUGUCCUUGGAGCCGCUGGAAAAGAGUUGAAGGUGAUCCAGCCUGAGAAAUCAGUUUCUGUUCGUGCUGGAGGGUUGGCUACUCUGAACUGCACAGUGACAUCCCUCAUCCCUGUGGGGCCCAUGAGGUGGUACCGAGGUGUAGGACACAGGAGAAACUUGAUAUAUUCUUACACAGGAGAACACUUCCCCAGAAUAACAAAUGUUUCAGAUGCUACAAAGAGAAGAAACCUGGACUUUUCUAUCCGCAUCAGUGAUGUCACUUUUGCUGAUGCUGAUACCUACUACUGUGUGAAGUUCCAGAAAGGACCAUCAGAGUCUGACAUUGAGAUUCAGUCUGGAGGCGGCACUGAGUUGUUAGUCCUUGAACUGAAGACAUCAGGCAAUGCUAAAAUCCUUGCAGCUGUGCUCCUUGGAUCCAAACUACUGCUGGCAAUUGCUGUCAUUGUCAUUUACAUACACAAGAUGCAAAAUGCCUAAAUGAGCAUAGCAUGGAAAUAGAUGCUGAUAAGAAGCCAUUGAAGACUCCUCAUAAAGACACCAUUAGAAGGAAAACUUCAACUCACAAUUUCGUGUUUUUCUGCUGCAUAUGUAUUGUUAUCCCAGAGUUUUAAUGCUGUGCCUAUUGAGUUAUAUUCUUGGUAUCUUUAUUUUCAUUAUUAAAAGAAUUCAAGGA